GCCCUUUCCUUAGGGUUUAAGGGCCCAUGGCGAUGGCGAUGCGAGGGGGAGGCGCUGGCGGAGGCGGGAGCGCCAAUCUCGGUGCGGCCGUCCAGGCCGAUUGGGAGAAUCGCCAGUUCACGGGCGCGCUCGCGCUCAAUGUCCGCAAGCUCUUCGAAUUCGUCCUCCAAUUCGAGUCUACCACGCGAAACAAGAUCGCGAUUCUCAAUGACAAGCUCACCGCCCUGGAGAGAAAGCUCGAGUUCUUGGAAGCUCAACACAGCAGCGUCACAGCUCCUGGAUCGUCGUGAAUUGCAAGCUCCAGAGCUUCGAUCGAUCAAAAGAUCCAAGCUUUCAGGCAAAGAUUUAACAAUGUAAAGCAACUAGAUCUUCUUUGGACUCUUUUUUUUCUCUCGAUAUGAUCACAUACACUCCAUCCAGCCUUCUCUGCUUGUUUCCAUGAUGUGAUAGAAGAAGAAAAAGAAGGUUCUAGGCUCGAUUCCUCGUAACUCGGCAUUUUUACUUACCCGGUACUUUCUUUUCUUUUUCCCGUGGGGUAAAAAAAGAUCGCCGCUAGUUCAUUCAAAGGGUUCUUCUUAGGGCUUUGCGCUCGCCACUCGUGCGGCUUUCCGUGGAUCCGUCCGUGGCGAGAGAUCCAGCGAGUAUUUUGGAGAGGCAGCAGCUCGAUCGAUCGAUUCCCUGCGCGGCGGGGAUUUCUCUCUCGGCGGCAUUGCAAUUGAGUCUGAUCGUCGACCGAAUCGCAGCGCAUGGAGGUAUUCUUUCUUCGGCUAGAGUAGCAAGUCAUCCAGCAUUGCGGAUCAUCGCGAGAAAGAGGAGGAAGAGCUCCGAGAGAGAAGAAAAUAUUUGUCUUCCUUCUUGGAGAAGAGAGGGGGGAAGAAGGGGAGCUAUAUAGAUGCGUAAAGAGGAAGAAGAACAAAAAGAGGGAAGCAGUAGAGGCGCAAAGUCAAUGGGAUCUCAUCAACGCUACAAAAAGAGAGUGGCCUGGGAGAAGAGAAGCUCGUUUUCUCUAGCGUGUUUAAUGCUGCUGGGAAUUCUGGGAGGAGUGGAUUCACAGCAGCAGCCAACGAUCAUCCAGGAACUGGAUCUCGGCAUUCAAUCCUCCGCUUUCCAGAGGCUGGCUCCACUGCCCAAGACAGGGGUCAUCUACAACGUAACUCUCGACGCUUCUGGAUCGAGGAACUCCUCUGGAGUGGUGGCCAGCAUCCAGGCAGUGCGUCUCAGAUCAGGGAGCUUGCGGCGCCACGGCCUCGUCUUCAACGAGUUCACCAUCCCAGUCCAAUGCCUGGUGGAGACGACGAGCAAGUACGUGGUGCUCGUCUACCGCGACUUUAGCUCGUAUCCGGCGGCCAUGCCCGAUGGAUUCCAGCUCGUCGGCCCAGUCGUGGGGAUCAAGGCCUACGAAGGCAACGAUCUCUCCCACCCGGCACCUCAAGAGCUCAACGUUUUCUCGGGGCCGACGGCUAUCACAGUCCGAGUUCCAGUUCUUGCCAGGAGCAGCGGCAAGCUCUCCCCGCUGUGCGCAUCUUUCGACAAGGAGGGGACGUUCCGGGUGGCCAACGUGAGCUCUCCGCCAAACUCCUGCGUUCUAUCGCAGCUGGUGGACUCGUCCCUGGCCGUGGCAGCGUCGUCCUUGCCGCCAGCUCCAGCUCCAGCUCCAGCUCCAUCUCCGGAACAAGCCCAAGCUCUUGCUCCGGAUCGAGGCCCAGCGUCGGCUCCGGUGGCUUCGAUCGUCCCGCCACCAACGGGGAGGAACGCGAGGAGAAAGAUGUCAAAGGCGUGGAAGCUCGGGGUGGGGAUUGGUGUCGGGGGUAUCGGCCUGGUGAUGGUGGCGGCCGUGCUGGUUUUCGCCGGGGUGAGGACGAGGAGGAGAGCUCGCAUUGCAAAGAUGGAGCUUUGCGCGGACAACAGCGAAAGCCUCCAAACAGCACUUAUUGGUGGGAGCCGAGCUCCCGCUGCCGGAGGCACUCGCACCAGACCAGUCCUGGAGAACGACUACGUCUCUCCGUAACUCCCAGACUUUCUUUCUCCUACGACACGUUCGCUCGCUCGGCGCUCCCGGUUUGCCUUUUAACUUUUCUAGCCGAGGAAUAACUUCGCUGCAGGCUCUCGUUUUUUUUUUUUCUCGAUCCAUUCAUCGCGACUGCUGCUGCUGCCAAUGCUGCUGCUGCUUAUCUUGUGGAUUUUUCUUUUUCUUAGUUUGGUGGUACUACUGGCCAUUCAUAAAGUCCAUCUCUGUGCUGCGACACACACACACACACUGAGAGUUUCAUAAAAAGUGGACAUUCUAUUCUUUCUUUUGCAGGAUUGACGCCUUUGGUCAGAUUCUCGACUUUCAUUUUACUAAGGCUGCGCGACGAAGCUAGCAAGAGACACAAGUGAAAAGACUGUGUGUACUUACACCUCUCCACCAAGAACCUUCUAUACUCUCAAGUGACCGAAGAAGCAUCGCCAUCGUUCUCGUGGCAAUGCCAACUAAAAGCUCGGAAGCAGAAGAGAAGAAACGAAAGACGCGGCGUGUAAAAGAAAAAAAACUUCUGCCACUUACCACCAACUUGGUUUUCAAGCUUUUUCUCGCUUGCUCAGAUUUUAAUCCAUCCAGCCAUGCCUUUGGAGCU